AUGGCGUCGAAGAAAUCCUUAGUUCGUAAUCUCUUCAACAUUUCCAAAACCUAUUCCCGGGUUUCGGGUCUUACCCGAAUGCGGCCGACAAAAUCCGACAUUACUCCAGACGCCGGAGAUUCUGGAAUCCGUCGGAGAUUUCUUCACAAGAGAGCAUUUUUCUCGCCGGAGAUAGUUCCAAGAGGAGGUAACAAUCUGAUGGAGAAACUCAGAGAAUUGAGUUUGACGAAUAACCGGAUUCGCCUUGACGAGAUGUUACCGCCGCCGACGCCGGAGAAGAAGAAGAAGACGACAUCUCCGGGAGGUUUUCCGGCGGUUACGGUGGAAGACGUGAAGAAGCUUAUGAGAGCAGCGGAAAUGGAGAUGGUGAAAUCGAGGCUUAGAGAGAUUGGGAAAAACUGGGUUCCUUAUUCGGAGUUUGUUCGGGUUUGCGGUGAAAACAAUUCGGAUCCUGAACAAGCUAACCGGGUCGCGAAUAUGCUUGACCAAGCUGGAAACGUCAUCGUUUUGGGAAACUUCGUCUGUCUUAAACCCGAAGAGCUAACAAGCGCCGUGGCUGGUUUAAUUCCGACGUACGAACCUACCGGAGACGCCGCAACAAGACAAGAGUUCGAGCAACUUGAGAUUAUAAAAUCAGAUAUUGACAAAAAAGCCGAUGAUUUGGUCCGGAAAGAGUUAUGGGCCGGAUUAGGCCUAAUUAUGGCCCAAACUGUUGGGUUUUUUAGGUUGACGUUUUGGGAACUAUCGUGGGACGUGAUGGAGCCAAUAUGCUUCUACGUAACUUCGACUUAUUUCAUGGCUGGUUAUGCCUUCUUUCUACGAACUUCGAAAGAACCUUCCUUUGAAGGUUUUUACAAAAGCCGGUUCGAGACGAAGCAGAAAAAGUUGAUGAAAAUGCUCGAUUUCGAUAUCGAUCGGUUUACCAAGUUACAGAAGAUGCAUCGUCGGGAUUUUACUAAAUCUGGUCGUUGUUGA